GCUGCCGACGUGUUGGACCAGAUAACAAGAACGUCGACAGAGCUCCGUACCUUAGGCUAUCGUUCAUCAGUAAUCGGGAUUCUGUAUGCACGUAUCCUGGCCCUGACAAUGGCCCAGUUGAACCAAACCCUUGUGGCUUGAGGCACUAAACGGUAGGAGGUUUUAGGUCACCGUGCUGACCUUAGUUGUGUCCAGCGACAGACGACGCCUGUCAGCAAGGGUUAGCUAGACCUUCACGUCAACCUCGUCUUAAACUCUCCUGAAGUGAUCGAAAUUGGUUCACCCGUCGAGCCUCUUUCGUCUGCCAGCCGUUCAAGUGAAACGCUUUCAGUGCGGCCUGGGCUCCUGCUACCUGCAUUAGUGUCGCGGGCGUUCUCGGGGAGCGCGAUGGGCGGGCGGAAUGAGAGGCGGCGGAUGCACGUGGGCGCGCUGGCGGCGCUCGCGGCCACGUGCUUCGCGCUCGCUGCUAUCACCAAUAUCCCUGGCGUGGCACGGCACUUGUCCCUUCUCCCCUCUCACGGCUACGCUUCGUCGUCAUCGUCCUCCUCCUCCCCAUCCUCCUCGUCCCGUGCAUCCUCCUCUGUCCCCCGCCACCUGCUGUUGGAUCGGCCCGAUACUAUCGUGAGCGUCACUGACGGGCGGGAGGAGCAGGAGGCAGCGGUGCAGAGAGAUGGGGAGCGGUUGAGUGAGCCUCCGUCGCCGGAGAAGGAGGAACGAUGCGAGGAGGUGUACGGCUUUCUGCCGUGCAGCACGUCGGUGGGGGGCAACGCGUUCCUCAUGGCGGCGUAUGGCUACAUCAUCCUCGUCGCCGCGCGCCUCAUCUCCGACGGCUCAGAGCUGCUGCUGCAGGUGCUGGACCCGGGUCUCAUCGGAGGGCUCUUCCUGCCCAUGCUGGGCGCCAUGCCUGACACCGUGCUCAUCCUCGUGUCUGGCCUGGGCGGCAGCAAGGAGCAGGCGCAGGAGGAGGUGCUGGUGGGCAUGGGCGUGCUGGCGGGCAGCACCGUCAUGAUCCUCACCGUGGCGUGGGGGGGCUCGCUGCUGUGCGGGCGCUGCGACCUGGAGGAGAAGCAGAGGGCCAACGGGGGCAGGGACCUGGUAGCCAAGGACAAGACGCUCACGCGCCCCUGGGACAUGGUUCGCACAGGAGUGACCACGGACGAGCAGACGCGGCUGGGGGCGUGGAUCAUGAUGGGCACUGUGGUGCCGUUCGUCAUCAUGCAGGUGCCAUUCAUGGACGGCGGGCAGUACCCCGAGUACCAGGCGCGCAUCACAGCGCUGCUGGGCAUGCUGCUCUCCACCGCUGGGCUCAUCGCCUACUGCGCCUACCAGGUGCUAUCCCCCUGGCUGCAGUCGUCCAAGAUCCACUACGCGCGCGUGCACCUGAUGCGCACGCGCGCGCUGCACAGCCUGCACGACCUGGCGCUCAAAAACACAUGGGGCGGGCUGCUCAACACGGACGGCACGCCCAACCUGGAGACCAUCCAGCGCGUGUUCCGGCACUUUGACGAGGAUGGCAACGGCACGCUGUCACGCAGCGAACUCAAGGGGCUGGUUUUGGGUUUGGGGAUCAGGAACCAGGGCCCAGGGGACGUGCCAGCAGACCAGGAGGUGGCGGCAUGGAUGCGAGACUUUGACUCCAACUCCGACGGAGAGAUAGGCCAUGAGGAGUUUGUAUCGGGCAUGCAACGAUGGAUCGCCCACCUGUCAUCAUCUGCCACCCAUCGGCCCUCCACCAUGUCACUGCUCCGAGGAACCAGCAUGGACACCAAGUUUUUGGAAGGGCACCUGGCCAACGCCAAGGGGCAGCUGGAGGGGCUGGAGCAGGAGUUAGAAGAGGAGGUGGAGGACGAGGAGGAGGAGCAGGUCGUCAAGACGCCCGGCCAGAUCUACAGAGAGGCCAUUCUGCUGAUAGCAGGUGGGGCGGUGCUGGUGGCGGUCUUUGCGGACCCGGUCAUCGACUCCAUCACUGCCUUCUCCAGGGCGUCGCACAUCCCCGCGUUCUUUGUGGCGUUUGUGGUGACGCCACUGGCGUCGAACGCGAGUGAGCUGGUGUCGUCGCUCUACUUCGCCAUGAAGAAGCGCCGGCGCACCAUCUCCCUCACCUACUCGCAGGUCUACGGCGCCAUCACCAUGAACAACACCUUGUGUCUGGGCACGUUCCUGGCGCUGAUCUACUUCCGGGGCCUGGCGUGGCAGUUCAGCAGCGAGGUGGUCAUCAUCCUGCUCAACACCUUCAUUGUCGGCCUGCUGGGCGGCAGCCGCCACACCUUCACCACCUGGAUGGCAUUCCCUGUCCUCUUGCUGUAUCCCGUGUCGCUUGCCAUCGUGGCCUAUCUUGACAUCUGCCUGAGAUGGCAGUGAGGGGGGUUGGAUUGCAUGGGAAAUGGGGGUAGUAGAAAGAUGGGUGGGAAGGGGGAAUUGGCUUGGAAUGGCCAAUGGUAAUCCAUCUGGGAUGGCGUGACAUUCCUGUGCAGCUGCUCUGGUGUGGCAUGGCAUCUCCGGAUGUCGCAAUUUGGUCUAAGCUCGACUCUUCAUGAGUUAGUAAGGGAGGAGGUGAUUGUAAUAAUUUGACAGGUGGUGCAGGAGACUAGAAAUAGAAUCUGCAACCACAAAUACUUAACCAAGGAUCUUUGCUGGAAUGGUAGACUAGUAAAACAGUAGUUUUCAUUCCAGACAGUUCUCAUACCAUGUAAGAAUUUGACAGGUGGUGCAAGAGACUAGAGAUAAAAUUUGCAACCACAA